AUGACCGGUACAUCUUCUACGGAGGGCCUUGAGCUCGCCCAGAUAGUCUUUUAUGCUACAGCUUUCAUUCCGGCCUUUUUUUGCUUCGCUAAACAUGGAAAACACGGGCUAGCUGGCUGGCUUUAUGUGAUGGCUAUGUGUGGCCUUCGUCUCGUCGGCAACGGCAUGGCCUAUCAUUCGUUAUCAACCACGGGGAAGCCCAAUCCAACUGCCCAGAUCAUUUCUGGGAUCGGUCUGUCGCCUAUCCUACUUGCCGCAUUGGGAAUCCUUCAUGAAGCGAACUAUUCCAUUCAACAGAGACUCCCAGCUAUCCUUCAAGGAGCAGGUCUCCUUGUGCCUCACUUGACUAUCUUGGCUGGUAUUGCCCUCUCAGCUGCUAGCAAGGGAAAGUCAUCUCUACUCGAGGCUGGUAUGGGGGUACUAGCCCUUGGCUGGCUGAUGAUCGUUGUAUUCACCGCAAUCUCUCUUCGAUCGGACUCUAACCGUCGUCGAAUUGAUCACGAGAAAAAGCUUCUUUUUGCAGUUACCGUGGCUUUGCCGCUUCUUGGAAUUCGAGUUAUUUAUUCAUUCGCCGUGGCCUUUGCGGACGGACGCGUCAACGGAGGUAGUUUGGCCGUCCAGGCGAUCUUUGGGACCAUUCCAGAAUUUCUCGUGAUGAUUAUUUAUAUUUCUGCUGGGAUUGUGACUCGUAAUUUGACACAGGAACGUGCUGGCGUUACGAAGUCAGAGCCAUUGCAGCAAGAUCUCAUGGAAACCCCUAGGUAA